AUGAGCUGGGUUUUGGCAUCCUUUCCUUGGAUGAGCAGAUCAGACAGGGAUAGCUGCUGGAGUUCAGAUCCUGUUCAAUCCUGGGUGAAUCUGCGUUAUCGCAAAUCGCAGCAGGAUGUCAAGUUCUUUGAGAAGCUUCUGCGGCAGUGCAACCAGGCAUGGGCUGAUGGGCUGCCCUCGGGCAGUGUGCUCCAGUUUGCAUCGCACUGCCAGGUUACAGGUGCAGUGAUAGUGAUGCUGGCAUUAAGAGGGCGCGUUGCCCGUUUUUCUAAGCCCAUCUCCGGUUGCGGCGCUGGCAGGGAACGACACAGAGGAGGAUUCUUGUCCUUGCAAGGGCGCGCCGGUGAACUGGAUCCUAUCACCGUGGUUUGCUCGCCCUCGUCGGCGGCUGCAGCUCAUGUUACCAGGCAGAUCUUGGCACGGCUGGACGCCUGCCGCUUGGAUGGCUUCUUCCCCUGCCACUGCUGGACCUGUCCGCUGGCCCUGGAGGGCUUCUUCUGGCGCAUCCGGCACCAACACGGAGCUGCGCAGGUUCUGGUUGUGGCCCUUCCCGAAAGGUUGGAGCAGAAGAACCAGUCAGAGUUCGAACGAGAGGUGGUCAACUGCAGUGAGGCUUUGCGCCAGUCAGGCAAGCGCCUGGUCGUCGUGAUGGCAGAUGAGGGUAGCCAGUUGUUUCAUCGUUUGGCACAUCUCCGCAAGACCGACUUGGAGCUCGAAGCGAAGGCGCUUGAAUACGAAGAGCUGCAGAGAUGUUGUCCCUUUCUGGACGAGGCCUCCCUCAUUCGUGGUGAGCCACUGAGCGGAAAACCCCGAGAGAUCCUGGGAGUUCAGAACCGAAUCGCCCUCUGGUCGGGCCUUUCUGAGCUCGAGUUCUGUCGUCUGUGCCGGAACAUCUGCCGCGAAGGCCAAGCUCCUCAGCUUCUCAUUGACUUCGGGUGGACGGACCUGGACGGCAAGCAGAGCUGGGCAUGGCAGCACAACAUCCUCAAGUUCGAGCUCGUUUUGAAGUUGGUGCGGAAGUGGAGCUUCUGCGUCCAGGGCCACGAAAAAAUCCCGGAGCCGCAAAUUCUGGGUGCUCUUCGCAGCGAUCUGCAGUUUGCUCGGCUGCCUUCGUCGUUUAAGGAGCACCCGUACACGUACACCGAAAGAUCGCUCGAGGAGAUGGUGUGGAUUCUUGAGCACUUGGUUGCUUGGAGGACGCAAGUCUCUUGUGUGGCCCCCGUGAUCAUGCCUCUCGGAGACACAGGGACUGGCAAAACCUACCUUCUCACCAAGACCUUUGAGCUCUAUGGCCGCUGUAAUGCCGAAACCCUGGACAUUCGCGUGCUUUCCCUCAGCCAGGCGAUAAACCCCUAUCGGCUCAUGGAGUGGGUGCGAGAGCUUCUCAAGUCGGCAGCUCCAUCGACCCUGACCGUGGUCAUCCUGGAUGAGGUCAAUGCGACGGACGCAGUGGAGUUUUGCAAGCGGCGGUGCACCGUGUCUUCGAGGGCCCCAAAGGCCUGCUGCAGCCUCUGCCACCAGAUGUCCUCUUUGUUGCGACGGGAAAUCCGGCAACGAGUGGUGGUGCCCGUUGUGAUGUUUUUGAUCUACCACCUUCGCUGGAAAAGUUGGCACGUCCUCUUCGGCGCUUGA